AUGGCACCGAACACCGCCAACGCAUCCUCCUCCGUCAUCUACCUCCACGAAACCUCCGUCCUAAACCCGCACGAUCCCGCCCUCACGGACGAAAACGACUGGGAGGAAUUCCACCUCAUGUCCGCCGAGGUGCGCGACCAAGCCACCGGCGCGAUCACAAGCCUGCUCCAGGCCGACGCCAUAUCCCCCGUAACGGUACUGGGGCGGCUGGAGGCGAUCCCGCGUGAGCGGGCGCACUUCCUCGCGGCGACGGCGCCGGCGUCGUUCCCGCGCGGCGGCCUGCCCAUCGAGCUGCGCGGCGUGACGCGCUUCGCAUACGGCCAGUACGACGACGGCGAGGUCGCCAUCUGGGCCGCCGGUGAGGCCGGCUGGUUCAAGCUCGCCAGCCCGCCCGCCCGCGCGUACCGGGACGUGCUCGCGGACAUGGUGGACGCGAUCAACGUCCUGUACUUUUUGGCGGACGUGUAUCGCGAGGGCCGCGGGGACGGCUCGGCGAAGGCGAUAUUCAAGCGGUAUGCGGCGGAGAAUCCGCAGCGGUUUGCGAGCGCGAAGCAGGCGGCGGAGGCGAUGUAUAGGCAUAGGGAGUUUUUGAUCUUGUCGAUGUUGCGGGGCAAGGAGUUGGAGGACCCGGCCUGGAAUUAUACGGAUAUCUUUUUGCAUCUGAAGAACAGGUUUCCGGAGGAGUAUGAUGCAAUGGAGAGGAAGGAGGCAGGCAAGGUGGGAUUGGAUAAGAGGAAGAAAGUCAAGAGGGGGCCAUCAAGUCAGAAGUCUGGAAACCAGGACGUGGAAUCGACCACGGACGAUGCGACACAGAAACCCCCGAAAAUUAAGAAACCUGGUGCGCCGCCGAAGAAAGAUGACAACUGGUGGGAGGCAAAGGUGAUAUGGGAGAUGAUGCAGAAGGUGCAGAUACAGGGCCUGCUUGCACCUCAUAACAUGACGGUCAGGAACUUCGCGAAGGUCAUGGUGCGAAAAUUCGAGGUGGAUGAUGAAAAUCCGGCUGGAGACUAUAUCAGGGCACACGCAUCGAACCUGAUGUAUAUGAUGGCGCACAAGCGGAAGCCGGCCGUCCAAUGGACGGAACAACCAAUCUAUACGGAGCUGUCACAGACCAAGCUGUCUUCGAGUGCCUUGAGGAAAGCAUCGGAACUUGCAAUCCGCCGGCGAAAAGACCCGUUGUCCGAUCCGGAACCAGAACUGGUUCACCAAAUGGCUGAGCAAGACUCAUCGUCAGAGGAUAUUCCGGCACCCGCUCCUCGGCGUGGACGCAAAGCAAGACAUUCACUCCUCAGACCAAAAAGCAGCAAGUAUUCCGGCAAAGGCAUGACCCGAAGUGGGAAGUCGUACCAUAGAAGUAGCGGGGACGAGAGCGAGGAAGAUACAGAUGGCGCAGAGGUCACGUCCCCACCGAAGCGCAAAAUCGAAGCCGACGAAGAGAACACCAGGCGUAAACGACAGAGCAGCCGGAGCCACAUUCAGGGACUCUCUCCACCCGAAUCGGACGACGAGAGGAAGGAGAGUCUUCCAUUGCGUUGGAAAACGCCGCAAAGCUCGAGGGCCACACCGGGCUUCGCUCCCAGCAUCAUGUCUGAGGCGGCGGUGUCGGUGGAGGCAAACUCGCCUGGAGACGUUUGGCGGUGCACACACGACGGGUGCGUGCAUAAAGUGUAUGGCGCGAGCUUGGACGAGUCGCAGGUACUAAUAGCGGAGCAUUUGGACGAGCAUGACGCAAGAAGGAAAGAGGCGGUCUCGCUGGCCAGAAGCGAGGAACUCAGAAGCAACCUCCCUGUCAGCAACCUGAUAAAGCGGAUCCGCGACAUGGCGGACGCGCAGUAUAAUAUGCAAUUGAUGGGUCUGUCGGGACUCGGCACGCCGACCGACGAACAGGCGUUCCCUGCGCCCAUACGACGGCAGUUCUGA